GUCCAGAUGGUUCAAUCCACCCUGCUCCCUCUCCUCUCCUACCACCAUGACAUGAGUCGUUCACCGGACCAGUGAGUCAGACAGACUCGUUUGCGUGAGAACGCACGACCCCCAGGUCAACCACCGAUUUGAUCCCACAGACGCUCCACACGCCACGGAAUCAACAGAGAACAACCGUCCCGCUGCAGAUGGAAUGCGCUACCUCGGUGUGGUCAUCGGCUGUCGUGUUGCCUCAUACCGCAGCGCCUGAGCGAGCUCCAGUCACGUGUUCACAACAGCGACCAAACGAGCAGACUCAAGUGCUUCGGCUUCAGACAACACGACCGCCUCCAACACCACACCCACACCAACACUGACUGACGCAAGACUGACUCGGAAAAGAAAAACCCGGUGAACCAACACAAGACGACACUACUCGACUCAACUGAACAAGGCAGCCGGUGGCUACGCCUCCUCCCUGCCUCUCUUGUGCCCCUUGCCGCCCUCCCCCGCCGCCAUGGCCAGCUCCUUGGCCUGCUCCGUCUGCUCCCGCAGCUGCGGCGUGGCGUACUUCUCCAGCAACGCCUGCUUCUUCUUCUCCAAGAUCAGCUCCUUGAUCUCAUCGCUCGUCGGCACCGCCACAUAGGCCUUGAAAUCGGCGGCCGCUGCAGAUGAGGAGGGUGGGGGCUGGGAGAGAUCGGGGUCGAGGUCGAGGGAUUCGGAGGCCACCUGGGCGAGUGUGUCGUGCAGUGAGGACGGCUGGCUCGACUGGGCCGUCUGGUGCUCGGUGCGCCACUUCUCAACGGCAUCAGCCUACACACACACACACAGCAACAGACGGAUGACGACAUUUGCCCCCCGGGUGUUUGUUUUCGGUUCAUUCAUUCAUUCAUUCUCCCUCCCUCACCCUGAGCUCAGCUUCUUUGGCCUGUUCGGCCAGCAGGAUGGUGGCGUCCUCCUCGUCCCGCCAGCCAUAGUAGUCGGGUGUGAUGCCGCGGUAGAGUUCGGCACGCAGCCGUUUCGGUGCCCGCGACCCAGCGUCCUUCUCGAAGAGCUCCCGCACCCCGGGGAGGUCCUUGGCGGCACCGAAGUACUUGUACCCGCCGUGCCCGGUCAGCUCAAAGCCGUGGGCGUCCAGCGCUCGAGGGGCACUUGCCUUGUAGUCGGGACCACCCAACUGAGGGGAUGAACGGCACACGGCGUGGCAGGAACACACAGGCAAUGCAUGUGUGGACGAGUGUGCGUCGUGUCGGUGAGAUCUUCUUUCUCCCCUGCGCGCAGGUACCUACCUGUUUGAUGCGUUCCUCCCAGUGGUGUCUCUCCCUCAGCAGCUUGUUGAUCUGGUCAUUGAGAUCUCGCAGCCGGUGCUCGCCCAGGCCGGCGUUCUGGAUCUCCUGGAUUCUGCGUGAGGUCUCCUUGACGAUCUGCCGCCGCCAGAACUCGCAGUCCUCGACGUUGCUGCAUUGGGUGGACAGCCGCGGCCGCCUGCCGGCAGUCACGCCCUUGGAGAUGCCCGACUUUAGGCUCACCCAUCGAUUCAGCAUCGACUGGGCCUUCUCGGCGUUACGAGCCAUGGUGCUGGUGAGGGUAGAUCAGAACAAGAGAGGCAAGAGGCUGCUGUGGAUGCUGGCU